GGAGCAGCCCGCGGGAGGCUCCGGGCACGGGCCGCCUGGGCCAGGCUAUGAACGCUUGACCGCAGAUGAAAUGGAUGAGAAAAGGCGUCAGAACGAGGCCUACCAAUACCUCUGCCGCUUAGAGGAAGCUAAACGCUGGAUGGAGGCCUGCUUGAAGGAAGAUUUGGCUUCGCCUACCGAACUGGAGGAAAGUUUGAGGAACGGUGUCAUCCUGGCCAAACUCGGCCACUUCUUUGCUCCAGAUGUGGUUCCCUUGAGGAAGAUAUACGAUCUAGGACAGGCCCGUUUCCAGGCAUGUGGACUACACUAUCGUCACACAGACAACAUUAACUACUGGCGGGAAGCUAUGAGUCACAUUGGAUUACCUACGAUCUUCCACCCUGAAACAACAGACAUCUACGACAAGAAAAACAUGCCUCGUGUGGUCUACUGUAUUCAUGCUUUGAGUUUAUACCUGUUUAAAUUGGGUCUGGCUCCCCAGAUCCAGGAUUUGUAUGGGAAAGUGAACUUCACAGAUGAGGAAAUAAACCAUAUGAAGUGUGAGCUGGAGAAAUACGGCUUGCUGCUGCCGUCGUUCAGCAAGAUAGGGGGAAUCCUCGCUAACGAGCUCUCUGUGGAUGAAGCAGCAGUGCAUGCUGCAGUCCUCGCUAUCAACGAAGCAGUGGAAGCAGGGAUUGUGGAGCAAACCAUGAGGGCCCUACACAACCCCAACGCCAUGUUGUGCAAUCUUCGGGAGAACUUCGCUGCGGUCUAUCAGAAGGUGCUGUAUCGGGCCAAGGUGGAAAAAGCCAGCAAUGCUAAAAACUGGGUAAGCAGAGAUAUUCCUGAAGGCGAAGACAUUUACGACCGGUGUCUGACGCAGGCCGAGAUACAAGGCAACAUCAACGAAGUUAACGUGAAAGGUGCUCUAGAGUUGGUGGAUGACGCCCUAGAGGGACAGGAUCCCCAGGUCUUGUACUGUGCAUUGCAGGAUCCCACCCUAGCCUUGAGGAACCUGCAGCGAGAGAAUGCAGACUGGUACCUGGAUCAGCUAAGUGCUGACCGGGAACAGAAGGCACUGGAACUGGGCUAUAUUGAUUUGCUUGAGCAAGAGGAAAUACAGGCUGGGAUUUAUGCAGCCAACGAGAGAGGCGAUCAGGAACGUGCUGUGGUACAGGCUAUGAGGCACAUCAACUCCUCCAUUCGGAGAGGGGUAGCAGAAGAGACUGUACGGGCCCUAAUGAACCCAGAGGCUCAGCUGCCGGAGAUCUUCCCCUGUGCCGCCUGCCUUUACCAGCAGGAAUUGUCCAUCUUGCAACAGCAGCAGCCACAGGGUGAGUUGGUCCAAGAGGAACUGUUUGUUGCCGUGGAGAUGCUGUCUGCAGUGGCCCUUGUCAACCAAGCCCUUGAACAUGGAAACCCCAGCACCUUCUGGAAGGUUCUGGUCAGCACCAGUUUAGGUCUGUCUGAGGUAGAAGAUGGCAACUUACAGCGUUACUUUGAUGACUUAUUGAAAUGGAAGCGCCACUCUCGAGAUGGAAAGUACGAGUUCCUGAACUGGAACGACAUUCAGGCUUCCGUGAACCGUGUGAAUGCAUCAGUCCAAGAGGAAAACAACAAAGUCCUUGCCGUCCGACUGAUCAACGAUGCGCUGGACCAGGGUAGUUCGGAAAAAACGCUCACUGCUCUGCUGCUGCCAUCUGCCGGUCUGUGCGACGUGAUGCUCCCAAAUGCUCGGCGGUACCGUGACGUUCUGCUCCGUGCACGGAAGCAGAAAGCACAGGCAAGUGGGGAUGCUGGAGCCAUGUUGUGGUGGGAAGAGAUUCAGGAGGGCGUCUUCAAAGCCAACCAGGACUCUGAAGCAGCAAAGAGAAUGGCUCUGGGCAUCGCUGCUAUUAAUCAAGCCAUCAAAGAAGGAAAUGCGGCGCAGACGGUCAGGGUGCUGCGGAAUCCAGACGUGUCUCUGUGUGGUGUGGUGAUGGAGUGUGCCGGAGCUUAUCAGGCACAGUUGAGUGCUAUCAUGGCUGCCAAAAAACCAUCAGGGAAUGCAAAAGUCCAUUGGGUCCAACACAAGCUGAAGGACGGAGCAGAGUAUUAUUUCAGCCUGCAGACAUUUGAAGGCCUGUGGGAUCCGCCACACCCCUGUGUCCUUUAUCCAACGCAUCUCAGCCGUGAGGAAAUCCAGCAUGCAAUCACCAGAGCUACGGCCGCCCAUGAUCGGCAACGCCUCUGGAAAUCGAACGUCCGGUUGGUCAUCCAGCUGCAGGCCCGCAUGAGGGGCUUCCUCGUCCGGCAGGACUUUGCAGCGCACUGGCGCCUCUUGUCAAAGCAGAUUCCGGCUGCUAUUAAAAUCCAGGCCUAUUGGCGUGGAUUCCGACAGCGGCGGAGCUACCUGGAAAGACUGCGGUAUCUGAGGGAGAACACAGAUGCUGUGGCAAAGAUACAAGCUUGGGUACGGAUGUGGCACACGCGCAAAAGGUAUCUUGAACGGCUGCGCUACUUCAGGAGGAAUGUUAAGGCUAUAAUUAAAAUCCAGGCGUUUGUCCGCGCUAAUAAGGCUCGAGGGGAUUACAGGAUGCUGGUGCACAGCCGGAACCCGCCGCUUAGCAUUGUCCGGCGCUUUGCCCACCUGCUGGAACAGAGCCAGCGUGACUACUGGGAGGAGCUGGAGUUGCUGGAUCUCCAGGAGAGUGUGGUGAGGGGGAUCCGGUUCAACCAGCAGCUGGAGAGCGACCUCAACCUCAUGGAUAUCAAGAUUGGAUUGUUGGUCAAAAACAGGAUCACCCUCCAGGAGGUGGUCUCUCACUGCAAGAAGCUGACCCGGAAAAACAAGGAGCAGCUUUCGGAUUUGAUGGGCCUGAACAAGCAGAAAGGGCUGAAAGCACUCAGCAAGGAGAAGCGGGAGACCCUGGAGGCAUACCAGCACCUCUUCUACCAGCUGCAGACCCACCCGCUGUAUUUGGCCAGGCUGAUAAUGCAGAUGCCCCAGAACAAGUCCACCAAGUUCAUGGAGUCGGUGGUCUUCACGCUCUUCAAUUACGCCUCCAAUGCCAGAGAGGCCUACCUCCUGCUCCAGCUCUUCCAAAGCGCCUUGCAGGAAGAGAUCAGGCUGAAAGUUGAUCGACUCCACGAUAUCCUAACAGGGAACCCAACGGUGAUCCGCUUGGUGGUGAGCUUUUAUCGGAACGCCCGCGGGCAGAACGCCUUGCGCCAGAUCCUGGGGGGGCCUGUGCAGGAGGUUCUGCAGAACAAAACCCUCAGCAUCCGUACCAGCCCUGUGGAGAUCUACAAAGGCUGGGUCAACCAAAUGGAGUCUCAGUCAGGGCAAAAAAGCAACCUCCCAUACGAUGUUAGCCCCGAACAAGCCCUUACCCACCCUGAGGUCCAGAGGAAGCUGGACAUCUCCAUCCGCAAUCUCCUGUCAGUGACAGACAAGUUCCUCUCGGCCAUCAUGACUUCCGUGGACAAAAUUCCUUAUGGGAUGCGUUAUAUUGCCAAAGUCUUGAAAGUGUCUUUAUCCGAGAAGUUUCCAAAUGCUCCUGAGGAGGAUAUCUACAAGAUUGUGGGAAACCUGCUGUACUACCGUUACAUGAACCCAGCGGUGGUGGCUCCGGAUGGUUUUGAUAUCGUCGACAUUUCAGCGGGGGUAGCCCUUCAUCCUGACCACAGGCGCAAUUUGGGGUCCAUUGCCAAGAUCUUGCAACAUGCUGCUGCCAACCAGACGUUCGAAGGAGAGAACAGCCACCUCCGGGUGGUGAACCAGUACCUGGAGGAAACACAUCUUAAAUUCAGAACAUUUGUUGCUGCUGCCUGCUCGGUACCUGAACCAGAGGACAGGUUCAAUGUAGACAAGUACUCCGAUAUGGUGAUGAUCACCAAACCAGUGGUCUACAUCACAGUCGGGGAGCUAAUUAAUACCCACAAGCUGUUACUGGAGCACCAGCAGUCCGUGGCUCCCGAUCCUAGGGACCCUUUACACGAGGUUCUAGAAGACCUGGGGGAGCUGCCCACCAUCCAGUCCUUAAUAGGAGAAAGUGUGGGAAACGGAGCCGAUGGAAACUCAGAACAAGCCCUAUCUCAACUCGCCAAGACAGAGGUCUCACUUACUCUCACCAAUAAAUUUGAUGGAGCAGAGACCAACAUCAAGGGAAAGGAUAUCAAAAGCUUGUUGCUGAGCACCAAGCAGAUGCUGGUGGAUGUGAUCCAAUCUCAGCCUGGAGAUUCCCUUAUGGAGAUAUUGCGGACAAAGGCGUCAGAGGACCAAGAAGUCCUCCACCACCACCUCAUGAAGAGGAGGGCCUUGUGCGAUGCUCAGGCCCCAGACAAGCUGAGGCACAACCGCUCCCUGACCGCCAACAGUCUCCUCUCGAUGGAGGAGAAGAAGAGGAAAGUCAUCAAGAAUCUGCGGCGCCUCGAAAGCCUCGGGGUGGUCGAUUCCGCCAACCAGUAUCAAGAGAUCAUCAACGAGAUGGCCAAGGAUAUCUGCAACCAGCGGCAAUACCGGCAGCACCGUAAGGCGGAGCUGGUAAAGCUGCAACAGACCCUUCACGGUCUCAACUCCAAGAGGAUGUUCUACGAGGAGCAGGUGGAUUACUACAACCAGUACAUCCGGACCUGCCUGGACAACCUGGCUGCCAGAAACAAGCUUAGCAAGAAGCAAACGACACUCCAUUACACCGCGGCUCGUCUCUUUGAAAAGGGCGUUUUGCUGGAGAUCGAAGACCUCCCAGUCAGCCAGCUUAGGAAUGUCAUUUUUGACAUCGUCCCUUGUGGAGAAGCUGGCCAGUUCCAAGUGAAGGCGAAGUUUAUGGGGAUCGACAUGGAGAAGUUUCUGCUCCAUUAUCAGGACCUCCUCCAGCUCCAGUACGAGGGCGUUGCUGUCAUGAAAAUGUUUGACAAGGCCAGGAUUAACGUCAACCUCUUGAUCUUCCUCCUCAACAAGAAGUUCUUCAAGAAAUAGCUGGAGGCUGUUGGGAGGGGGGAAAUUGGGCUAGGGUUCUGGGAAAUAAACACAGAGAAUAUGUCGUGGAGGAGGCAGACGUUGCCAUGAUGCCAA